ACAGAGACUGGUUCCAGCUUCUGUCUGAUCCAUUCACACCUCAGCCAAUCAGCAGUCGGCUUCACCGGACCUCAACUUGAAAGCCCCCCUCCCUUUUAAUCAGCACAGAGGGAGAAGGAGCAGUGUCCAACACCGAAGGAGUCCUGGGGUCUCGGGGGUUUCUGGGGUCUCAGGAGGACUUCAUCAGUUGUACCGCUCCGCCCGGUCUGGACUGGACAGUCUGUCAUUCGGCUUCAGGGAGGCAAGAUGUGGGGAUUUCUGUAAAAGCUGAGAAAACUCGUCAUAUCCAUCAUCAUGCCUGCCGUCCAGCAGCCAGACCCCCCCACGACCCCGCCAUGGACCACCACCAGGCCCAACCCAGCAAACGUCUCAGUUAGCCCUCUCCCCGCCAUCUCCUCCACCACCAUCCACCCGACCAACGCCACCAUCAGCCCAGCGGAGGCCUUCUUCAACGACCUGCUGAACCAGAUCCCCCUGCCUCGAUGGGCAGUCUAUGUAAUCUUUGCUGUGGGUGGUCUGCUGAUCGUGAUCUGCUGCCUGUGUGUCUGCACCAAAUGCUGCUGCAAGGAAAAGAAGAAGAAAAAGAAGAAAGAUGAGCAGAUCGGUUUGACAGGGGUGAACGGGAAAUCCACCACGGCUCUGAUUCAGUCAGAUGGAGGAGAAGCGAGCUAUGGUUCCACCAAGACGUACAGAGGAAAGCUGCUCUACUCUCUGGAAUACAGCGCUGCCCUGUCUGAGCUCACAGUGGGGAUCAAACAGGCCAGCAGCCUGAAGGCCAUGGACUUCGGAGGAAGCUCAGACCCGUACGUCAAAGUCUACAUCUGCCCCAGCAAGACCAAGAUCUGCGAGACCAAAGUGUUCAAAAGCACUCUGAACCCCGUUUUCAACGAGCAGUUCAGCUUCCAGAUAUCCAAGUCUGCCCUGCUAAAGUCCACCGUGGUGAUGAAAGUGUUCGACUUUGACCGAUUCUCCAAGCAUGAAAUCAUCGGUGAGCUGAGGCUGGAGCUCUGCAGUGUGGACUGGAACCAUGUGAUUGAAGAGUGGCAGGAGCUGGCCGAGCCCGCCCAGUUUGAGGAGGAGAACCUGGGCGAGAUCUGCUUCUCGCUGCGCUACGUGCCUACUGCCAGCAAGCUGACCGUGGUGAUCCUGGAGGCCAAAAACCUGAAGAGCAUGGACAUGAACGGCAGCUCAGACCCCUAUGUGAAGGUGCAGCUGGCUCUGGACAAGAGGAAGUGGAAGAAGAGGAAGACGUCCAUCAAGAAGAAGACGCUGAGUCCUUAUUUCAAUGAGUCCUUCACCUUUGACGUGACGUUAAGCCAAAUCCAGAGGGUGAACCUGGUCAUCUCCGUGUGGGACCACGAUGCCGUGACCCGGAACGACGCCAUGGGAAAGAUCUACCUGGGCUGCGACGCCACGGGGAACCAGCUGAGGCACUGGGCGGACAUGUUGUCCAACCCGAGGCGGCCGGUGGCCCAGUGGCACACCCUGCUGACGCCCCAGCAGGUCAACUCCACCCUCACCCUGAAGAAGAGGAUCCCCAUCCCCGGAAAGCUGGUGGAGAACAGCCAGCGCUUCUUUCCACACUGAGAGGCCGACCUGGAGGGACCGUGUGUGCAGUGAAGACGGGUGUGUAUAAUGUCAUGAGGGUAUCACUGAGGAAAACCUGUAUCAUAUGUUAAAACUCACCAUUACAAUUUGUGAAAUCAUCAAAGAGAACUGAUCAGUAAAGAGUCUGGAUACUUUCACAUGUUAGUAGAUUAUGAUGCAUAGUGGAUCCUAUUCUGUUUCACAUGAGCACCUCGAAAUGACAUUUACACCUGUUUGCUAUUAAAUGUUA